CGACAGUGGCGCUUCCGAUUGAUGCGGGUAUCGUUAGAUCUCCCGGCCGUGAUGGUUAUGUGUGGGUGUUCUUGGCUCUAUCCUCUUACUCUUGUGUAGGUACAUUGAUCAGUCAAUAGUUUGUAGCAAAAUUGAUAGUUAUAAUACUCAAUGCCGAAGAAGUUUGUGGGAGAAAAUAGUAAGGCAGUUGCUGCCAGAGCACGAAAGGCCGAGGCUAAUGAGAAAGACGCGGCGAAACGUCAACAACAGCUUGAGGAAGAGUAUUGGAAAGAUGACGAUAAACAUAUUGCCAAAAAGCAACAGAGGAAGGAGGAACAAGAGCGAAGAAAACAACAGCAACUGGAAAAGAAGGCAGAAUCGAAAGCACUUUAUGAGCAAGAAAUGAAAUCUAUUCAACCAGCUGUUAAACAGCAACAAUCAAAGAUCACUCGAUCUCAGAUACAGGCUGAAGCAGAAAAACGUAAUAAAGCUGCAGUUGCAACUUCCAAAAAACCAGAUAUAACUCAUAUACAAGAGCCAUUAGAAGAAAAUAUCAACCGAGUGGUUGUUGAUGGACUGGAGGCUCGUAGUGUGACUGAAGCGAUUGCAGUUUUGAGUGUGAAAGGUGAAGAAGUAGAUCGACAUCCAGAGAAAAGAUUGAAAGCAGCUUAUACUGCAUUUGAAGAAGCAAACAUGCCGAGGAUUAAGGCUGAGAACCCAAAUCUGAGAUUGUCACAGAUGAAACAGUUACUUAGGAAAGAAUGGAUGAGAUCGCCAGAAAACCCAUUGAAUCAAAAACUCUCUUUAUCAAAGCAAUGAAGGGUUCUAUUAAUGUGUAAUUUUUCAAAUUACAUAUUCUGGUUUCAAGGUUGUAUCAAUUUAAUAACAUCUUUUCGUUUCCAUCAGGCAGAACAUUAGUUUCAAAAUAAAAUAAUUGUAUCAUGCAAUAUAAUGGACUUUGUUAUCAGUGAUGCAAAUUUGUAAAUUUUGUACAGUUAAAGUUCAUGUUAAACAUUUGAUGUAUUCAAAAAUGUAUCAAAUAUGACCAUAUACAUUUAUGAAAAAAUCCAAUUUGUUUUAUAUGAUAUGUUUAACUUUUUUUAAGGUUUAUUUGAUCCCUUGUUUUCAACAGGUAUUUAUAACAAUUGUAAUUUUUUGGAAUAAUAUUACUUCCUUUCUGAGAAUUUGUGGGAAAAUAUAAUACAUUUGUGAUGACUAGAGCUGGGAAGUUUACAGGAGCUUUUAGCCCUGAAAUACACAUGCAAAUAUUCCACAAGAAUUCGGAUAUGCACAGAAAUUAAGAUAUACAGGGUUUUUUUACAAUUAUGUUUUUAAAAAUUAUUUAAUUUAUUUAUUUAUUAUUUUGCCAAUUAAAGAAACGGAAUAGACAAAUUAAAAACACAUUUGUACUUGCUUCUACAUAUUUUAUUUUGCAUUAAGAGUACUAGAAAAUCACUAGAAUUUUAUCCAAGUUAUCUGUUGUUUGGGAGUGUCUCCUACCAAGUAAUAUCAUUUUGUAUAGAAAAUAUUACCACAUAACAUGGUGUUAGGGGUGUGAACUUAUAUUUUGAAACAGUUGUGCUCAUUCGAUUAUCUGGAUGAGCAACACUGUUGCCUUCCAAGAGUUAUCCCACUGUCUGUAAUGUAUGAAGUCCUAGAUUCUUUCCAAGAACUUUAUUUGUUUUCUUCAUAAUUGCUUCAAAGUGGUGCUGUAGAAUGGCACAAACUGUCUCUUACUAGUUAGUUUCGUAAUUUUUCCAUCAGGGCUAUCUUUUCAGUUUUGCCCCACUGUCAUCUCAGCUGUCGUCUAUUGACUAAAAUAUAUUUUUUGGGGGUUUUGGAUCCCUAAUUGCAGAAUUGUAAUAAGACUUAAGGAGUAUUGUAGAGGGUAAAAUUUGGUCCUGUAUGCACAUUUUCAUUUGCAAGGCAGCGUUUAUGAAAAUGCAUUUGAGCAUUUCUGCAAAUGCACAAUUUGAAACUCAUUUUCACCUAAACAUUUGAUUUUUCGAGGUACCUAAUGAGAAAUUACUUGAUGUAAUUCUACUCACAAGAUUGAUAAUUUAUAAGAUAUCCAUAAGGUAAUGUUGAAAACAUGAGAGAAGCUUUUUUAAAAAAAUAAUAUC